UGCAAAUUGUCUAUGUUUAAUGCAAAUUGUCUAGGUUUAAUGCAAAUUUUAAUUGGAAAGUCUGUAUUUGAACAAAUAUUAAGAACAUGCAAAGGAGCAUUUCACUACUUGCUAUCAUUGCAGCCGGACGCAGAAUUCGUUUUAGCUUUGAUAAAUUCAAGAAUAUAUUUCUAAUAUAUUUCUUUAAAAUUAUAUUUUACUUAGGACAAACAGUGUGUCUUAAAUUAUUUUAGGAUUGUUUCCUAGCAACAGAAAUCAUAUCGGUCUUCAAUAUCUUUUUAAAGCAUUACAUCUUUUACAGAUAUCCUAAAGCCAGACGAAUUGUUCACUUAGUAAUCAACCAUGAAACUGAUAUUAUAUUGUGCUGUUAUAUUCUUAGCAUGUGCUUUAACCUGUCUAACAGGACCUGAUAGUGUUGCAAAUGCCAAGCCCAUUCCAAGCGACACAGAAUCGGGUAAAGGUUCAUCAGACUCGAACAAAGAUAAAUGUUCUAAAUGUUCAUCAGACUCAAAGAAAGAUAAAGGUUCAUCAGACUCAAAGAAAGAUAAAGGUUCAUCAGACUCAAAGAAAGAUAAAUGUUCAUCAGACUCAAAGAAAGAUAAAGGUUCAUCAGACUCAAAGAAAGAUAAAGGUUCAUCAGACUCAAAGAAAGAUAAAAGUUCAUCGGAAUCAGAUGAAUUGGACAGGUGUAGCACAAGCCCUUGUAAGAAUAGUGGUACAUGCGUAGAGGUUGCAGACAAUUACACAUGCAGAUGUAUUGAUGGAUUUAAAGGGAGGAACUGUGAAGAAUUGGACAGGUGUAGCACAAGCCCUUGUAAGAAUAAUGGUACAUGCGUAGAGGUUGCAGACAAUUACACAUGCAGAUGUAUUGAUGGAUUUAAAGGGAGGAACUGUGAAGAAUUGGACAGGUGUAGCACAAGCCCUUGUAAGAAUAGUGGUACAUGCGUAGAGGUUGCAGACAAUUACACAUGCAGAUGUAUUGAUGGAUUUAAAGGGAGGAACUGUGAAGAAGCUGUUGAACCAUGUCCAGAAGAAGGAUGGACCUUAUUCAGUGGUAGCUGUUAUUAUGUUAGUGACACGAAGUUAGAUUGGCUAUCUGCUGUUGCUGCCUGCAAUGAAACGGGUGGAUAUCUUGCAGAGUUCCAGAGUCCAGAAGAAGUGUUUUUUACGUAUACGAUAACUGAUUUAUUUGACACAAUUUGGAUUGGACUGAAUGAUAUACAGACUGAGGACGAAUUUGUAUGGCAUUAUUCAGGGGACCCAGUGUCUUUCAGUCCGACUUUUUAUAAAGAGAACCAACAUCCAAGUCAUGACUGUGUCUUCGUCUUUAUCUAUUACCAGUAUUGGUACGAUGACGACUGUAACAACCAACUUCUAUAUAUCUGUGAAAAGGAUGCUACUUAUAAUUAGCAGAGGAAGAUAACUUUUGAGGACAAAAACAGGAGCAUCUGGAAGUAUUUUACAAUAUGUCAGUGGACUGAAAAAUUUUUCUGACAUUUUGUCAAUAUACUUAACAUCUUUGUUGAAAGUUACUUUGUAUUCUGUUUAAUUUAAAAAAAAAUCCUUUUUUUGUCCAAAUUCUCAAAAUAAAAGCAUUAAAGAAUAAAAAUGUUUGCCAUCUGUUUUUGAAUAAAUGUUAUUUUAGAUAAAUAAAAAGGAAAGAGACAAAUAUUUACUUUGCUUGAAAC